AAAACCGUUGCCGGGGAAACAGUAACAAACAUGUCUGACUGAAGUGUCGUGAGGAGUAAAGAACGAACGGGGUUCCUUUGAGCAGCUGUCCACAUAUGGAAUUCCAUAUGUUGACAGAUCCAACGUCAAGCUAAUCCAAAGCUAAUGUUUUCAGGCAAAAUGGAGGAGGAAGACAAUGGAUGCUGUGAAGUAAACACUGACCACUUUAGCACAAAUGACAACAAUGAAGACAAGGACGAGGAUUUUAAUGAUGAAGCAGAAGAGCUUCCUGAUCUUGAGUGGUUAGAAGAGUUGUCCCAGGACAAUGAGAGUGAUGAUGACCUUGUGGCUGAGCAAGCAGACGUGAAAGACAUGACUUAUGACGAGGCAGCACGGAUGUUCAAGCUGAGACGGAACCUGGACCAGCUGGACAGCUUCCAGAGACAGAAGGAGUGUGCCUUCUUGAAAGCCAGGGAGGACCUUAACCUCUUACAUGAGCGCAUUCAGAAUCUACAGGAGCAGCGGGAUGUCUUGGAGCACGAGAUAGAACGCCAGGAAGCAGCAGAAAAUAACAUGGCACUGUAUCGUUUGCGAGCUCAGCAUAAGAAUCUUUGCUCCGCUCUGCAAAAGGAAGUGGAGAUGGAGACCCACACCAGCAAUGAGCUGAGGCAACAAGAGCUGGAGCUGAGUGAGGUGGGGCUACAUGUCGAAAAGUUCUCCAUGUUGCGGCAGGAGGUGCAGGAAGAAGAGCAGGUCUUCAAGGUCUUCAAAGCCCAGAAGGCAGCAAAGAGACUGCAACAGGAGAGGAAAAACAACCAAACCCUGCAGCAAAAGAUUGUACAUCUCAAGAAAAAACAGGCAGACAAGAUGGAGAAAGAAGCAGGUGUGUGUCGGAAUAAAAUGGAACAAGUCCACACAAACCAAAAUAUCGCAGCCAAGUACUUGAAAGAGACCGUCAGAAGGAUAUGGAAGCAAGAGGCUGUGAGAGAGCAGCAGAGGAAAGAGGCGCUGGAAAAGAGAAUACAGGCUGUGAAGCGGCUGAAAUCUAACAUAGAAGCAAACCAAGAGAACUUACGGGUCAGACAAAGCAAAGCCAAAGCAAACGACCUGAAGAAAGAACGUCAGCAGAACCGGCUGAAAGAAGCCCUGCAGGCCCAAGGCUUCAACAGCACCAAGCACAUGUUCCAGCAGAAACAAGACGAGGAGAUAAAAAGAAAGCAAGAGGAAUUCAAGGAGAGACAGAAGGCAAAGAGAGUUGAGAUUGUGGACAAGAUCCUUUUGGAAGAGCAGGCGCUGAAGAGUAGAAAAGCUCAGCAGGCACCACCGCCAAAACCCCGCACUGGCCAUAGCACCCUUUCCCCAGGGAGGAUUAGAGAGAAGCUCCUGCGUUACCUGGAUUGCACACCACCAACGUGCGCAGACAGAGACGCAACAUUAAGAAGCGUCAGUGUCAGCAGCGGCUCAUCAUCAGAGUCCCAGUACCAGGAAAGCACCAUCCAGAAGGGUACGCUAAACCUGAGCCUCCCCGACAGCCUGGAAGAGCCGGAAUUCUGUGGGCUGUGGGACCAGAACUACAAGCUCCCUUUGAAUGAGAAGAGAGUGUUGGCGGCAACAGUUUUGAAACAAGAACAAACAAAACCGACAGCAACCAGCCCAAAGCUUAGCAUAACAUCCAAAAAACUUGAAAAAAAGCUGAAAGGACCGUCAUUCAGCAGUAAGCCGGAAGUCAUCCUGUUUAAGGACUUUGAGGUGGGGGAAACGUACAAAAAGAAAGUCAUUCUGACUAACAUCAGCUACUUAACGAAUCACUGCAAGCUCCUCGGGAUCUCCGCUCAACUGCAGGAUUUUAUCCUGAUCAACUUUCGACCUCCAGGUCCCUUAUCUACUGGGAUGUCCUGUGAAAUGCAUGUUACAUUCCACCCUUCGGUCAACGAGGAAGUGGAAGGAGAAGUCAUGUUUGCGACAGCAGCCGGUCGAUAUUCUGUGCCCGUCAGAUGCACCAUAAAGAGAUGUGAUCUGGAGGUCGACAGCCAGUUUAUAGACUUUGGUUUGCAUGUUGUGGGCCAGACUAUUUCACGGACGAUCACCUUGACCAACAAGGGUGCAUUGGCAACGUACUUCAGCCUGGAAACCACAAUCCCCAUUUCAGAAAAUCACCAGCUCUCUACCAGCACAUGCCAGGGAACAUUUACUCAACCUGUUUCAACUAUUACACAUGAGGAGCUAACCAAGAGUUCUACAUCCGUGGCCACCAGAGAACCACAAAAAAUGGAUCAGGUUUCAGAUAGGUCUACGGUAUCCCAGAAAUGUCAACAAGAGUCACAGCUUCUGGGUGCAGAUCCAAAAGCUUCUGAGAUGCGUGCGUCUUCCAGCAUGGACGCUCAGAUCGAAGAGAACAUGUCCGAUCCCUGUGACAUAACUAUCGGGAAUGUAAGGGAAGGGGAGAUUGGACCUUUCGAGAGCAUCAAACUGGAGCUUAUAUUCUCUCCAACUGUCCCUGGAGAAGUCAAACUCGACCUGUACAUAAUGUUUUCCGAUCCCACCAGCAACCCAAUACCCAUCCAGGUGAAGGGUGAGGGAGUGGGCCUUCCUGUGUGGGUUUUGGAACCCAACAUUGACUUGAAGAUCUGCAUGUUUGACCGCCUUUAUCAAGAUGUUCUUACGCUCCAAAGCAGCACCAGCGCGGCCUUGAAGCUGACCUUUGACCUGUGCCCGGAGAUGAGGAAGCACAUCGAGAUCCUGCCAAGGACAGGUUUCCUCCAGGCUCAGUCGAGCUUCACAGCUCACCUCAAGUUUGUGCCGAGACAGUCCUUAUCCCAAGAUGCCAGCAAGUACUUUGACAGCGCAACAGGAGUCCUGGAGGUUCCAAUGACCGUGCAAGUUGCAGGGCAGGUGCAUCCUGUCAUUUACACAAUUCAAGCAAUCGUGACAUCCUCUGACUUGAAGUUUGACCAGCUGGAGUUGGACUUUGGCUACUGUUCCAUUUACCAGUCCGUCAAGAGCAGUGUACGCCUGACGAACAUGUCCCUGUUGCCUCAGGAGUUUGGCUUUGUAGCCAUUCCAGAGUGUGUUGAAGUCCAACCAAAUGAUGGCUUUGGUACUCUCCUCCCGCAAGAAACGCUGGAGAUUGAUGUGAUUUUCAGCGCCAGCAAAGCCAAAGAGUACCAUUUCCAGCUUAGCUGCAAGUCUGGAAUUAACAGGGUUUUCCCCCUCGCUUGCCGUGCCAUGGGUGUGUGCCCUCCAUUGGAGCUCUCCCAUUACCUGGUUCAGUUUGGGCCCACGGCAGUAGGCGACCAAUCCACAGCUCUGCUGUACCUGACUUAUAGCCAAACUGGACAAAAGCUGCCUAAACAACCCGUGUGUGCUGAGGGAAGACUCUUCUCCUUCACACCAUCUCGGGACUCCAGUUUCAAGAUCUCUCCUGCUGCAGGACGCCUGCUACCUGGAGAGAGAUGUCUGGUCCAGGUGACCUUCAGACCCAAACUGGAAGACGAGGACAUCAAGGAAGAGGCUCAACGUCUCCUCCUCAAAGCUAAGCAGCUCACUGAGGAGCAAAAACUCCUUGAGGAUGAGAUGAAAAAGGCGAGCACCAUGGAUGGAAAAGGGAGGAAAUUAUCUAAAAGCAGCAAGCUGUCCGACAAAACUGUGAGCCCCAUAGAAUCACCACCUCCUGACAACAUAGAAGCAGGAUCUCAGAAGUUUGAGGAGGCGAGGACAUCUUUGCUGUACUCCUUCACCCCGAGCUACAGCGAGUACACCAUCUCCUGCUUUGUGUCAGAUGGCGACCCCCCAGAGGAAGACCGGCAGGUCCAGCCAACAUGGAGUCCUCUAAAUACGCUCUACCUGAAGCUGCAGUGUCCUGCUGUACAGCCCCCUCUAGUGGUGGUAUCCAACAACAUCAGACAUUAUGCCUUAGAGUUCCAGCAAGUGGCUGUAGGAGAGAGAGUCAUUAAAAAAGUUGCAGUCCAAAACAUUUCAGAGGAAUCUUUGGAGCUAAAGUCAUCAUUGCUGGACAUAUACGGCCCCUUUUCGCUUCUUAAUUCUCUGAGAGUCAUAUCACCUGGAGAUAAGCACAUUCUGGUAUUGGCCUUCUGUCCGAUGCUGGAAAGAGCGUUCUGUGAGACUUUGGAGGUGUGUUGUCCAAAGAUGACCCUGGCCCUGACUCUACGUGGAGAGGGUGUGUUUCCUGCUAUCACCUGCUCCCACUCUGGAGGUGUCCUGGACUUCGGCUGCGUGCGAGAGAAGGAGAGCAUCUCACACGUCCUGAAGCUGGAGAAUAGCUCGGAUGUUGCAGUUGGUUUCAAAGCGCUGCUGUACAGCCUCUUGCCCUCCAAAACUCAGGGUGCUGAUGAAAAGGUGUCCGUACUGAUGGGUGGUUACACGGACUCCAAUAUCCAACCUGUAGUAGGAACCCAAAACUACAACGGACUAAGUGUUUUCAGUGUUGUGCCUGUGGAGGGAAGCAUUGCUGCAAGACAAAGCCAGGACGUGGUUGUCACCUUUCACCCUGAUCACUCCUCUGUCAAUUAUUCCGAUCGACUCACCAUUGAGCUCGCCAAUAAAAGUGAGCUGUGUGCUCUGGAUCUAAAAGGUGCAGCAUCUUCACAUAAUACGUAUUUACAAGGGGGAGACCCUUUGAGAGUUCCUGUUGAAUCUCUACUUCCUCCACUAAUAACCAGUCCACUUUAUCCUGCAGUUGUGCAGUCAGGUGACAUGGAAAACACCGUGCUGGUUACUCUGCGUGCCAGCUACAACAUGGGGACCAUCAGACCUGCAGUUAGGGAGCUGACAGUGGGCUCCAUCCGGACGAGUAAGAAGGGCUGUGAAUUUAACUGGGACAACCUGGCAUCCCUGCAGCAGAAGGGCUUCAGUGUGGAGCCCGGCAAAGGCUAUGUUGAGGCAGGCAGCAAACGUGCCAUCGCACUUACAUGGACCCCUCAGAGCGGACACAAGCCCAAUGAAGUGGUGCAAAUGUGUGUGGCUCUCACAGUAAAAGGUGAUGAGCUGAAGGUGUACAGCGUCACCUUCAUGGCUUUAGUGUCCACCUCUGUGGACUGAUUCCGUUGGACAAGAUAUUCAUUGGAUUUUUAACAAUGUAGUUAUUUUUUUCUUCAGUAGCUUAUGUAGGUUUAGCCUCAAAAACAUAGUUUAUGCAAACGUAUUGUGGCAAAUACUACCAAAUUUAUAUGACAUACACUACCGGUCAAAAGUUUGGGAUCACUUGGGAAUUUUUUUGGCCAGUCUGAGAUAUGGCUUUUUCUUAGCAGUCCUGCCAUGAAGUCCAGCAUCCUGAAGUCGCCGCUUCACUGUUGAUACUGACACUGGUGUUUGACGGCUACUAUUUAGUGCAGCUGCCAGGUGACGACCUGUGAGGCGUCUUUGUCUUAAACUACAUACUCUCAGAUAUUUGUCUUCUUGCACAGUUGUGCAGCGUUUUUCUGUCCUUGUUAGACCCAGUUUGUGCUGCUCUCUGAAGGGAGUAGUUAACAGCAUGGUAAGAGAUUUUAGUUUUAGUUUGGAUUUUUAGAUGGCUUUUCUAAUCAUCUAUUAGCCUUAUAAAACGAUGAACUUGGAUUAGCAGCCAUACCAGGAGAUUGAUGCAGAGGACUGACAGUUGUUGAUAGUAGGCCUCUAUGCAAAAAUGUACAUCCUUCUUUGAAAAUCAUCUGAUUCAUUUUAAUUGUUUGUGAAAUGGAUAAAAAUGUUUGUGAAAUUGAAACAUUUGUUUGUGAAAUGCAUGAAAAUGUGUUUUUCUUUGGAAAACCAAGACAUUUGCAAGUGAUCCCAAACUUUUGAGUGGUAGUGUACGUAUAUUUUCAAGAGUUUAUUUUAGUUUUGCAUUAUUUCCGGACAAAGUGAGCAAACAAGGCAUGAUGAAACAGGACAUGUUGCACUUUUUUGUGUGUGUUCAUAUGUGAAAUAGGAAAUUGCAGCAAAAGCACUGCAGUUGAGUGUAGCGUCAUUUGCCUCGCUGCAAGAAUUUCAUAAGUUUUAAUCUUUUUUUAAUCUGUUGGUUGGGUCCUUUCUUUUUGGGGGUGUCAGUCCUGUAAAUGACAGGUAGCUGGGAUUGGUUCAAGCCCCCUCACACUACAAGGGGAUAUACAGUACAGUAGAACUGGAUGGAAUUUCUUCGUUGCGGCUCUCAUGUUAUUUCAUGACUAUUGGAACCUGAUUCCACCAGAGGGCGUCGGUGAGCGCGUGAGAAAUAUCAUGAUUGGGUGUGUCAGAUGGUGUAAAAAAACAGAACCUUGAACCUUGUAGAACCUUGAAGUCAGAGGCAGGCCAACCAAAAACAUGUCUAUGAAAUGUAAAAUAACAAACUUACAUUUGUGCUUAUUGUUAGAUUGAUUAUAAACUGUAUAUAUAUAUAUAUAC